AUGGCUCGCAGUGAAAAACGCUACCGGUCGAUGCAAGAACACAUUCGACGCGCCCACCCAGACCAUUAUAUUCCCAAGUUACCUGCCACAGAGGAGAGUUUCCAGUUGAUGAUCAGCACUCCUCCUUCGCAACGCCCACAAGUCCAGCCAACUGCCGCCCUUCCUACUGCUAGGGGCCUUUCGGGUAUGAGUGGAUUAUUUGAACAAACCGGAGCAGGGACCGUGUCUGCGCAACCUCCUGGAGCGGCCAAUGCUGCUGUUGCCCUGACACAACUCCAUCAUUGGGACUCGGAUUUUGAUGUUUUCCCAGAAUCAGACUACAAACGUGAGACGUCGGGUCUCGAAUUACCUUCGCUACGCGCUCAAUUUCAUGAAGACAGCCUUCCACCUUUCCAGCCGGCUCGUCCACGCGAACUCUUACCCUCCAUUCUACAGUCUCCGGGCAGCCGGUACUCAUCGCUACCGCCCAUCCAACGACGCGGUGAGAGACUUCCGCGACCCCGAAAGCCGUCAAUGGGACAAAAUGCGCGCAAGGGCAAGCACGAACGCGGAAAAUCUAGGGAAUUUUCGGCCAAGGAUUUCUCCCGACGGCUGAGCGUCGAAGGCCGAAAAGCAAUGUCUGCCGAACCACCCACAGCGGCGUGGGUUCAAGGCAAGAGAUGGGAAGAUCUGAUCGAGGCUGCCACGAGUGCUACUGAGGCUGAUGAUGAUCGUGAUCUCACUCCCAUGCCGCAGUCGCCAAACUUUCCGCCCUCUACCACUGCAGCUGCCACCACCGCUGCUGGCACGGGCACCACCACCACCGCCGCUCGUAGAUUGUCCGCCGCGGACAAUAUGUCGACCAGUGGGGAUGUCAACAAGCGUUCAUCGCUGCCCCCGGGCUUCCGUCCCUUUGGUCAUCACCUGCACCACCAACCUGGGCAGUACAAUGCCUCUCCGCUGCAGCGCACUCUGACUCCACCACCACCAGAUAUCCUAGGACCCAAUGAUCCUGAGCCAUUCCCAUCGGUCGAGUCCCUAGAGAGCGGGGGAUCGGGUCAGAAUUUCCACAUCUCAGGCUCCGGCCUCCCUACAUCGGCCUCGUCCAACGAUAACACUAGCCCCCUCCAGCACCAUUCACACCCUUACCAGCACUCCCAAUCGUCCUCAUUUGGCAGCAAAUCGGAUGUGUUGGAGAUCUAUUGUGCAUCCUGCAGUCGGCCGUGGCUAUUGAAAAAUGCCUUUGCAUGCACCGAGUGUAUCUGUGGCGUCUGCAGCGACUGCGUUGGACAGAUCAUCAGCAGUCCUGUGGUCACGGUCCAACCAGGUCUCGCACCGAUGCGCCGCGGAUGCCCCCGCUGCGGAGUCAUGGGCGGGCGCUGGAAGAGGUUCAACAUUGACAUUCGCUGA